UCCUGUAAGAAAAGUCAGUUUAAGCCCAGAUUCAAAGGAUGAAGAGGAAGAGGAGGAAUUACCCAGCAUCCUCUUGCAUCAAGAGCCUUGUUCUUUUGAAGUGGGGAUGAUGGUUUGGUGCAAGCUCCUGAGAUAUCCCUACUGGCCAGCUGUGGGGUCAGCUGCAGAGAUGUGGCAAGUCCAUCCGGCCUGCACACUUGUCCUUUGGAACGGAUUCAUUGAUUGCAAACUGUGUGGCACUUGGAGCAGCUCAGAUAUUCUGCUUGUCUUCUGGCAGGUGAAAAAGGUAAAUCGGAAAACUAAGAAAGCUAGCGUGCUGCUCAUAGAGAAAAGCAUGGACGCCAAGAAAUCCAAGGGGUUCUCCACUUCUCUCAGAGGCCUGAAGCACUUUGACUGCGAAGAGAAACAGAUGCUGAUCGACAAAGCCAGAGAGAGAUAUAAUCAUGACAUCAACUGGUGUAUCAGCUUGAUUGCAGAUUACAGAAUUAGAAUAGGUUGCCAUUCUUUUGUGGGGUCCUUCCUGGAAUAUUGUGCUGAUGACAUGAGCUAUCCUGUCCGGAAAGAAGCCCUCCAUAAUUUGUCCCAGAUGGACUUUCCUCAAAUGGAGGAGUUGGACAGCCAGGAAUUCCUUGCUGAGAUGACACCCUCGAAGCAGGCCAAGAAAAUCCUUCCCGACCGGACACGAGCGGCCAGGGACAGAGCCAACAAACGGAUUGUGGAGUUCAUCGUGAAAGCCAGAGGAGCUGAUGAGCACCUUCGUUCAAUCCUGAACAGCAAGAAACAGUCACGCUGGCUGAAAAAAUCCCUCAAAACACCCCAGUAUUUGAUCCUAGAGACAUACCUGGAGGAUGAUGAUCAGCAGGACCUUGUGCUCAAAUACUUAAGGAAAGUUUACCGGGAAGUUGGAGCCAAGAAGCUGCCGCUUAAGAAUAGGGACAGUAGCAAGUUUGUCCUGGAGGUCCUCUUUCCAGAAGCCAUCAUCUAUGCAAUUUCUGCUGUGGAUCAGGUGGACUACAAGACAGCAGAAGAAAAAUACAUCAACGGACCAUUAGUGAGCCAAAGAGAGAGAGAACAAUUUGAAAAAGCAAUUGAAGAGAAGAAGCAAAAACAGCACCAACAAAGCGAGAACCUGUCUGCAGAAGAUGAACUCUGAAGUUCUCUUUCUAUCCAUGUAUGGAGUAUGUCUGUAAGGAGACUAAAUGCCAUGGUUUUGUACAGAGUAUUAGAUUUAUUUUUUUACAUAUAGAUGCAUAUGAAAUAGAUAUCUAUGAAAUAUGCUUCAGGAGGAAUAGAUAAUUCCUGCUGUAUCAUUUCCUCUCCCCCCCCCAACUUCAGUGAGAAGAAACUGAAUUGCAUUUCGCCUGGCAAAACAAAGGGGGUCACUGCAGAGGGCUGCCUCCAGUUUAAAACACACUUUGAAAUGUAUAUUAACAGGUAGUAGGCUUGAUUGUGGUUUGAGCUAGGAUUUAUUUCCUAUAGGGAAUACACCAUCAGAUUGUUCAGACUGUUGACUCUGAACGGCCUUUGAAACAGUUCCCCUACCUAUUUAACUAGAAGCAAAAGCAACAUGCGUUGCAAUAUUGCAAACUCUUCUCUCUUCCUUUCUUCAGCUGUUUGGGGGUGGUUGGGAUUCAUUCAGUUUGUUCUGAUGUUGAAUGGUGCAGCUGUGCGCAGUUCCAGACUUAUUCAGAAGUGCUUUGGAACUCGGGUGAGUGCAGCGUCUCUCUACUAUUCAUUAAAGCUGCUGCAUUUUUUUUUUUUUUUAGGCUUUUGCACAAGCCUGGCAAAAGACACAGUUCCUUUGAUGAGUUGGUUCAUUAAGUCAGCCACAUCCUAAUACAGCUCUUAGAGUUGGUACAUGUUUCAGGCUUGCAUAGAAGCCCGGAAAAAAAAUACACUGCUUUAAUGAGCUGUAGGAAGCUGCUGCACUUACCAACUUCAGAAGCACUUCUGAUUCAUUUUUGAAGCAUGCAUACAGCAACAUACAAAAUGUUUUGAAUUCAAACUAUUUCGAGCCUAGAACAUUGCAUUUCAAGUUCAGAAGGAUCCUGUUUUGAGCUCAGAACAGCUGAUUCAGUCUUACAGAAGUAUUCUGAUACUUUUCCAACCUCAGAACAGUCUCAUUUCAAGCCUGGAGUAUUGAGUGACAGUUAGGGUGGCCCUUUUUUUAAUCUUACGUUUUGCAUAUCCCUAAUUCUGAACUGUGCUUUUUAAAAAUACAGUAUUGUGUGCAUAUAUAUUGUUGUCUGAAAUCAAUUGCUCUUCACUUUUAUAAAUCUGUUUAUAUCAUCAACCUAGAGAUUCUGCAACACAACAUUUAUCCUACCAUACAGUAUUUUAUUGUAAUUCUGUGUUGGUUUGGGGGGGAAAAGGUAGAUGCAGAUGAAAUUCAAUAAUCUCCAUUUUUAUUGACUGUUCCAUGAACACUAAUUCCUUAUGACCUCCCACUCUGCAACAUGUAUUUUUUAUAAUUUUGGAAAAAAUAAAUUGGUUUCCAAUGCUUCA